UUCGUCUGCGAUGUUCGUCUUAUCCGAGAUCUAGCUGAGCCAAGCACCAUGUGAUUUCACGUCAGUCGAAGCGUCUGUUUUGUAUGUAUGCAUGUGGAGCACAACUUUGAGCCAACGUGCUUCAUGACACUGGAACCUGUCAUGCUCACGGUGUUUCGUCGUGCAGGGGAAUUUUUUUGCAGUUCUUCAUGUAAGUCUUAUCGAGUUUGUUCCAUUUUAUAAAUUCCAGGAGCAAGACAGUCAUGAAGAUGUCCAACUUGAAGCUCGUUGUGCUGUUUCUUGCGCUGGGUCUGACCACGGUGAUCGCGGCGCCGCGGGGUUGGGGUGAUGCUCAUAUCACGUACUAUGGCUCUCCCAACGGCGCUGGAACGGAGGGCGGCGCCUGCGGGUACCAGAAUACCUACAAGCUGGGGUAUGGGUCAAUGACUGCCGCGUUGAGCUCUCGUCUAUUCCAGGGCGGGAAGGCGUGCGGCGGAUGUUACCAGCUGAGGUGCGCACCAAAUCGUGGCAGGAACUGGUGCUGGAGUUACGCCAGGGCCAUUGUGGUGACUGCCACCAACCUGUGCCCGCAGGGUUCGCAUGGUGGGUGGUGCGAUUAUCCCAAGUCGCACUUCGACUUGCCGAUGCCCGCUUUCACUAGCCUUGCGCGGCGCGAAGGAGGUGUUGCCCCAGUGUGGUACAGGAAGGUCCGGUGUGCGAAGCGCGGUGGGGUGCGGUUCACCAUUGGAGGCAACCCAUGGUUCUUGAUGGUGCUGAUUCACAACGUGGGCGGAGCAGGGGAUGUGGUGUCGGUGAAGGUCAAGUGCCCAUACACGGGAUGGGUAUCAGCGUACCGGAACUGGGGAUGCCUGUGGACGGUGAGGACGAAGAUGACGGGACCGCUGUCUUUCACGUUGGUGACGAGCGAUGGGCGAACGCUGUACUCGAUGAAUGCAGUACGGAACGGAUGGAAAUUUGGGCAGACGUGGGAGGGCAGCCAGUUCAGAUGAUGAGAAGUGGAGAGGAAGAGGGGAGGCCCGUGUACUUUAGGUAGAAGUCAGUUGUGUUUGGGGAUGGCGUCGCGCCUGUGCAUGAAAGGCAGGCCGUCUAUCGAUGAGAAGGUAGCUGCAGUUGUUGGUCUUCUGUAGCGGAAGCCGCUUGCAGGUGACUUCUAUUCAGGUGUUGAUUGCAAUUAUUUUUUGAUUUAUUGGGGGUCUCAUGUUUUUUAGUUUCUUUCCGUUGCGAUUGUGCUCCUUAGCUUGCUUCGAUUUUUCUGGUUGGCUUAUGAUUGAGCACUUGUCGGCCGGCAACGGAUAUGGUUAUCAGCGUAGAGAAACUAUUUUUCUUAUGAGUUAGUAAAUCUGACUAAUUGAUUAUUUACUUAUCA